AUGGCACCCACUGCCGCGCUCCUGGCCACCUUGCUGGCUCUCAGUGCGGUCGUUCUGGGAGCGGAUGGCCUCUCCUGGCGGCUAUUUGCCGGGAGGGAGGAGUGCAUCUCAGAGUACAUACCGGAGCACCAGUGGGAUGCGGUGAAGAGCCAUGCAACAGAUGUGUCACUCGCGCAAGGCAUCGUCGACAUUGGAGUGCUGAUCAGCAGCCGUUACGGUACUGAGGCCACCAAAGCCACGGUGGACUUCACGCUGUACGAUCCCGCGGGGCGCAUCAUCCACAGCGAGGUCGCGGUGUCCUCCGCCGAGGCCACGGUCACGGGGCACGGCGGGCAGGGGCCCUGGCGCGCCUGCUUCAAGGUCAGCAGGCAGCAGAUCCUGCGCCCCUCUGUCAUCGUGCGCCUCUCCUACUUCACCGUAAACUCGCCCACGCUGGUGGGCACGCACUUUGAGUGGCAGCGCACGCCGCCCGAGGCGGGGGGCAUCCAGCUGAGCCCGGGCGGCGUGACGGCGGGGGAGCUGGGCACCAACGACCAGGUCCAGAGCCUGGCCGACGGGCUGCAGCGCCUGGACUACUACCUGCAUAACGUGACCAACGAGCAGCGCUACCUGAGCAGCCGCACGGAGCGCCACCUGCAGACCGUGCGCUCCACGCACUCUCGCGCCCUAUGGUACUAUGUCGCGCUGUACGGCGUCAUAGUCGCGGCCUCCUUUGCGCAGGUGGUGGGAGUGCGUGUGAUGUUCAGCAACCGAAGAAAGCAGGGCAUCAUCAUCUGA